GCGGUGCAUUGUGGGACUUUAUGUAAAGGCAACAUGGCGGCAGCCUGUGCCAGAUCUCUCAGUAAGGUCGGUUGGAGUAUUUUGGAGUCUCCGGUGGUCCGCCGGUCCGGUACCGGCUCCUACCUGGUGGGGAAUGCCAGCGCACGCGUGUCCAGGAGGGCGUACGGUACCGGCAGCGGACCGGGGCUCGGCUCCAGGCUGCUGUCCUCUCUGCGGGCAGGAGGAGGCAGGGCGCUGGGCUGCGCCUUUCUGCUCGGAGGGGGUCUAAGUUUAUACCAGACUGUCAGGUGGUCAGUCCAGCAGCAUCUGGCCGAGGAGCACAGCGAGGUUCCAGGUGACGGUCUGAAGCUGAUUCUGUACCAGUACAAGACCUGCCCGUUCUGCAGCAAAGUGCGAGCCUUCCUGGACUACCACGGGCUGCCCUAUGAGAUCGUAGAGGUGAACCCAGUGAUGAGAAAGGAGAUCAAGUGGUCGACCUACAGAAAAGUGCCGAUCCUGAUGGUGGAUGGUGACGUGCAACUGAAUGACUCAUCUGUCAUCAUCAGCUCCCUCAAGACCCACUUAAUCGACAAGAAGAAAAGCAUGUCUGAGAUCCUUCGCUGCUACCCGGAGAUGAAGUCGGUGAACGACAGAGGGAAGGAGGUGACGGAGUACAACAACAAGUACUGGCUGAUGCUGAGCGAGGACGAGACCGAGCUGCUUUACCCCGAGAAGGGAAUGCAGAAAGAGGAAAGGAAGUGGCGUCAGUGGGCUGAUGACUGGCUCGUGCACCUCAUAUCUCCCAACGUGUACCGAACUACCGACGAGGCCCUGGCCUCCUUCGAUUACAUCGUACGCGAAGGCAAGUUCGGUUCUUUCGAAGGGUUCUUUGCCAAAUAUGUCGGCGCUGCAGCCAUGUUCAUCAUCUCCAAAAGGCUGAAAAGUCGACACAACCUGCAGGACGAUGUACGGCAGGAUCUCUACAAGGCCGUGAAUGACUGGGUGGCAGCCAUCGGAAAGAAGAGGAAGUUCAUGGGUGGGAAUGAUCCCAACCUGGCAGACCUGGCGGUGUUCGGCGUCCUCAGAGUGAUGGAGGGCCUGCAGGCGUUCGACGACAUGAUGGAGAACACCAAGGUCAAACAGUGGUACCAACGCAUGGAGAGAGCGACGCUCAACCACGAGGGACGAAACUGAGGCCGAGCUGAGCAGGACAGAUGAAGGAGACCACAGAACACUGAGCGCUUCCAGCUCUCGGGGCGGGAGGGGGACAAAAAAAAAAAAAGACUGAAAACGGUAAACCUCCAGAAAGAAAGUGAUCGGCAUCAGGAAGCAAGAAAGCCUGCUUUUCGUUUGUGGAAAUGUCCAACUGUCACCGCUGCCUCGAUUUGAUUUCCUGCUCAGACACACAUGAAUUUGAUCCUGUUGAUUUGUAUGAACGGUUUGUUGGACUGUAAUUACUGUCGCCAGAUAUUUAAUUUUACUAUUUAAUCACCAAACUGCUCUGUGGGGGAAUCAUUCAUUAAAUCUGCUGUUCUGUGACGAUUACUGACCUCUACUGGUGAACUGUGGGAACUGAACAACAUCAAUAGAUCUUAUUGUAUAUUUUCCCCCCCAGAUAAAUAAAUCAACACAGUGAAGUCACAAAAACACAGUAAAAAAUUGUGUUUAUAGAGAGUAUUAUAUAAUACUGUUACUGCCCCUUUAAUUGUUAGAGAGACAACAAGUUUUCAACUCAGCUUUGUAGGCCUUGACUGGUAUCACAAACAGGUCAGAAGGAUGCUUAAAAGAAAUAUUUUUGCAGUUCUCACUAUGACAAGCAGCUCAUAUUUCAUAUAUACUGUUGUUAAAAACAUUGUGACACAUUAUAUGGUAAUAUGGUCUAUUUUAGUAACAUUCGGGGGCUUUUUUAAAGCUCAAAAGCUUAUUUAUGGAGCAAAACACACAUCUCUCUACUGGACAUCUCUUUUUAUUUCUUGAGAUUUUUGCCUUUUUUCCCCCCCGACAUAUAAUCUGGAAGCUUUUAGGUACUUGUGUCUUCUAAUGGUGAAAAAAAAAGGAGACUGUUUAUACUCAGUCGGGGGUGAAAUAGGCAUCACUUGUGAUCAAAAUGGUUGAGAUCCUAGCCUUGUUGGCACUCAGAUUACUCAGCUGAUGUUAAUGAUUUAACAUGUAAAACUUUGUCCAAAGAAAAAGUUCUGAGUUUUCCUUAAUAGAGAAUGUGUUGAUUGGAAUUUGAGACGUUGCGGUGUACCUUUACAUCACCUUUGUCUGGGGAAAAACUGGUUAUUAAGAAGUUUUGUAGUUUGGGUGUGAACGUGUUACAGCUGCCAUGAGAUCAGGUUACCUCUGUAUUUAUUCCAGAUAAUUGUUUCUGUGUAGUUGACGCAGGGUCAGUCUGGCAGUGAGGAAGCUGAGCGGCUGGUGUUCUUUCUCUCUCUCUCUCUCUCUCUCUCUCUCUCUCUCUCUCUCUCUCUCUCUCUCUCUCUCUGGGUAAAAUAAAAUAAAACACAAGAGGAACUGGUGAGCUGCCAGUUUGAAUGUACUAAAUAUGCAAACUGCAGAUCAGUUUCUGAUUUAAUUGUAUGAAAACCAUCUUAAUGUGCAUAGUUGUAAAAAGGUUAAAUAAAGACAGAAACCUGG